AUUUGUUUGCAGAAUUUUGGGUCCGCGGUCAUGCGCGACGCUGGAACUGUGCCAAACAACGUUCGCGAGCUAGAUGAGAAGCUUGGGGACAAACAUCCGGAUUUCUGUUUGACAUGCGUGGAUUUUGGGCUGCCCUACACGAACGAGAACCUGCAAGCUGGAAGGUGGCAGAAAGAGAGCGACACGUAUCCUGGCGACCAAGCAGAUUGGCUGGAUAUGUUGAAGAAGCGCCAGCAAGUGCAAACGGCAAUGGGAAUACAAGCGGAAAAGUGGUCGAAAUAUUUGCAGAACGAGUUUUCGAAACAGCUCGAUCCGGGCAAGCAUACCCAAGCAGGCUUGAGCAAAGUGCACAAAACCCUUCUCGAAUAUCAGAUGGACGGCAUCGAUGGUGAUAUUGCAAAGAUGCAGGUCAGGGUCCGGCAGUUGAUCAAAGAAUGGGAGGCGAAAGUCGAAGCAGCGUCGGACAAAGUAAAAAACGUUACGAGCCAAAAGAUAUGGCACAAGGUCCUGGCAUUCCUUGCAAAAGGAUUGAUGCGAUAUUUCGACACCACCCAGGAGUGCGAGUCCACAUUGAUGGACACAGCGGAAGAGAUUAAAGCUUGUGGCGGCGAGUGUUGGUUCAAUGAGGAAAUGGACCGGCGAAUCACAAAGUUCUGCAAAGAUUGUGGGUUGUUGGCAGAGAGUGACUGCAAGCUCGCUUGCCUUGCGAGUUGGUUUCGUCUCCUGGAUGAGCUGUCGGUCAUGCUGGCAUUCAGCCCGAUGAAGUGUCUCACGAAGUUCCGCAAAACAAAUGCUUUCGACCGCAUGGGAUCAGGGACGGCCGGUACCAUCAACACCUUCGAUGUCAUGGUCGAGCUUCUCUGUGAUAAAAAGUCUGCUCCGUAUGAUGAUGGGAACAAGCAGCCGAAGCCGCCCAUUGUUGGUCUUCUUCACGUGUUCCAGAAAAGAAUGAUGAUGCUGAUGGAAAGGGACAUCGUACAAGGGUUCGAGGCGGUGAAGAAUUCCCAUGAGGGGCGACAAGCAUUCCUAGAGUUUUCCAAGCAGUCUGGCCUCGGAGAAGAGGAGAUGGCUGAGUUGAAAACUGCGCUCAAGACAGCCAUCAUGGAAUACGCUAAGAGAACGGUCGAUCAGUACAUCAAUGGCGUCAAGGAUCUGGAGACGGGCGCGACCAUCCGGAAAUCGGGCAUCUGCGUGACGGCGAGGCCUGGUGAUGCUGCUGGCGAGGGGCCGCUGCACUGGCUCCAGCCCUUUCCGCUGCACUACUUCAACGGACAGCUCCCUUGGAGGCUCUUGCGGAUCCACCCAGACGCAGAAAAAGCGCUGGCAGACGCGGGAGGAUGGGUCGCCGAUCCAGACGACCAGGACGACGUCACCGACGACCUGAUCGUCCCGAGGAAUCCAAAUGGUGAAGACAUGCAGCUGCCUGCGGCAAUUGCAACCGCCGUGCCAGCGCAAUACCAACAUGCACGCAGGGUAGUUUUACUGGUGCCCUCAAGCAGGCCCGGUAUACUUAUCUCGUGCCCGUCUUGGACUCGGCUCUACGGCGCUGUAGUCGGGCGUAGCCCUUGAACGUUGUAUGGUUGUUGUGUUG